AUGCCAUUCUCGCGCAAUGUCUUCAAGAAGCCGUCAACGUGGCUCCGAAUGUCGAUCGUUAUUCUCAGCGCCGUCGCAGCAAUACUUCUGGGUCUCGCAUAUCCACUCACAGGAGCAGGCGCCAACUGGGUGUUCUACGCGGACGGCAUAACUCAAGUCUGCGUUGCCAUAACGUUUAUAGCAGCAGGAUGGUCAAUAACAUGGAGCGUCGUCGCCCUCGGCCUUGCAUUCUUCGGCAUCAAUUGGCAUCCCGGGGUUGACAUCACAUUGGACUUCAUCGGGCUCGGCGUCGACGUAGGCUUUGCCGCCAACUUGAUGGCAUGGAUCGCAUAUGUAAUCGACACGAACUACCUUUGCGACGAGGGGUACCCAGGAGGCUAUGGCUACAAAAAGGGCUGCGAGCAGGGAAAGCAACUCGGUGGAUACGUGUACAGCAGUGGUGCUUUGCUUCUGCUGGCUGGGUGCUGUCAUCUGGCCUUGUUUGUCAUGGCGUGCAAGGCGACACACGUCCGUCUUGCGGAAGAAAAGCGCCAGGCGCUCGAGAGGAGAGGUGAUAAGGCGCGUGAGACGAGUGACGACGUAUGA